GGCGCCGCCGGCCGGCAGGGGCGCUGCUGGCGGCGGGGCGGGGGAAGCGGAGCGGCGGCGCUGCCAUUCCCCGGCUGCGCGGCCGCCUCCUCCCCUCCGCCUCUUCCUGGCCGCGGCCAGAGGAGCUGUGCUGGCAGCGGGGAGGCGGCGGCGGCGGCGCCCAGCUCCCGGCCCGCCAUGGCGAUCCGCAAGAAGAGCAACAAGAACCCGCCGGUGCUGAGCCACGAGUUCAUCGUGCAGAACCAUGCGGACAUCGUGUCCUGCAUGGCCAUGAUCUUCCUACUGGGGCUCAUGUUCGAGAUUACAGCAAAAGCAGCCGUCAUUUUUGUUACACUUCAGUAUAAUGUUACCAUUCCUGCCACAGAAGAACAAUCUGCAGAAACAAUCUCUCUCUAUUACUAUGGCAUCAAAGACUUGGCUACAAUUUUCUUUUACAUGCUUGUAGCUAUAAUCAUACAUGCUAUAAUUCAGGAGUAUGUACUGGAUAAAAUUAACAGGAAAAUGCACUUUUCAAAAACAAAGCAUAGCAAGUUCAAUGAGUCUGGGCAACUUAGUGCAUUCUACCUUUUCUCCUGUGUUUGGGGAACGAGUAUUCUUGUCUCUGAGAACUAUAUAUCAGAUCCAACCUCUCUGUGGAGGGACUAUCCGCACACUCUGAUUCCGUUUCAAAUGAAGUUUUUCUACAUCUUACAGUUGGCAUACUGGUUUCAUGCUUUUCCAGAACUCUACUUUCAGAAAACUAAAAAAGAAGAUAUCUUUCGCCAGAUUGUCUACAUUGGACUUUACCUCUUUCAUAUUGCUGGAGCCUAUCUCUUGAAUCUGACCCACCUUGGACUUGUUCUUCUGGUAUUGCAUUACUUCGUUGAAUUUCUUUUCCACAUAUCCCGUCUUUUCUACUUCAGUGAUGAAAAAUACCAGAAAGGAUUUUCACUGUGGGCAGUUCUUUUUGUUUUGGGAAGGCUUCUCACCUUGAUUCUCUCAGUCCUCACUUUUGGCUUUGGACUGGCAAGAGCAGAAGAUCAGCAGCUGAAUUUCAGCACUGGGAACUUUAAUAUCCUGGCUGUUAGAAUCAGUGUGCUGGCCUCCAUCUGCAUGACCCAAGCAUUUAUGAUGUGGAAGUUCAUUAAUUUCCAGCUUCGGAGGUGGAGAGAGCAUUCUUCUUCUCAGCCUCAGUCAGUGAAAAAGAAGUUUGUAUCAGCUAAAGGAAAGACCUCCAGAAAAGAAAGAGAAAAUGGAAUAAAUGGAACAGUGACCUCAAACGGAGCAGACUCGCCUCGCAACAGGAAGGAUAAAUCCUCGUAAAACUGGGUUUUAUUAAGUUAAUUGACUAAUGUCCCCAAAGAAUCUGCUUUUUACAUGGAUGGCCCUUCAGCACUAGAGAUAUUAUGGAUUAAAGAAAAUACAAAUCAUGUUUUUUGAUUAUUGCUGUUGUUUUGAGAAACUUUUUUUAAAAAACCAUUUUGACUAAGGAAAAAGUUUAUCUCUCUUCAAAUACUUGGGGGGAGGAUUCAACACUUUUUAAAACACAUUGACGCUUUUUUAAAUAUUUACUGUGAUGAGAUAACUUACUUAAUGAGGAUCACUGUUGCAGUGUAUUAUUUCCUUCCAGUUUUUGUAAUCUUGGUGAUACUGUUCUACCAACUUCACUUUUUCCAAGUUCCUCAAAAAGUGUUGCUAAAUUGAAGUAAAAACGUUGUAUGCAUAUUCAGAUACUCUGGGUUUUCAGCUAAUUACCUUGACUCAAAUUUACAUUUCAAUUUGGGAUUCCAAGACCACACCAAUAGACCUCGUUAUUUAGUAGUUACUAUAGCUGCACAAUGUCUGCUCUAAGAAUUGCCCCGUACCAUUAAAACAAAACUGAACUAAUUGGAAACGUUGCAGAGUCUUAUUGUUUGUUGGUUAGAAAUCUCUUACAAGGAGCACAACACCUUUUUGAGAUAUAGCUUUUAGCACCUGAAAAUUAGAAGGGAGUGUGUAUGGUCAUAGAAAGAGUUGAUUUGAGUAGCACUGUCCACUUCUGUCUGUGCUUUUGAGGUGUAUGUAUCUUGGAAAAUUGGUGUGCGUUGGACCUUCUUUGAAAAUUUGUCUGUCUGAUUUUACGGGUGGAGGUUAUUACAAUGUGCUGUGUUUGUUUUGGGAGGCAAUCAAUGCUCCAUGAAGAGGGAAUUAGAUAAGUGGAUCAAGUGAUGAGAAACAUUCCUUUAUUCUAACUGCUUUGCUUUGUUUCACCUCUGUUAGGAAAUAGUUUGUUUUCUUCUAUAUAUAUUUUUAUGAAAAAAUAUUUAAAAGCUACAGCUUCUUAAAACUGAUUUAUUAUGACCUCUGCUGCAACUGGAAAAAUCUAAAUUUAAGAAUUUUUCCAUUAUCUUUCAUAAUUGUAUUCAAUGUGAAACCUUGUCCAGUUAGUUUUCCAGUUUGUUAUGCAGAUAAUGUUUCCUCUGUACACUUUUGUAAUGGGUGCAAUUCAACCUGUUUCUCUUGAGAAUGAGUGAGACAGUUAUUGCAGUCCUAAGAAGAAGUUGCUGAAUUAGUCUAUCAAGUUAACCCAAGUAUUGAAUUGCUUAUUGAUUAAGGGGUAAUUAUGAGCAAUCAAGCUCAUAAAUAAAAUAAUUUUCAUUAAAAACUGUUAUUAUAAUGGAGUCUAUACCCAACAAAAUGAUAAAUCUGCAUUCUGUAUUUUCUACAAUUCAAUUGCUUACUAUUCAGAAUAAACAUUCUAGUACAAA